AUGUUUCAUAUAUAUUUUUAAUUCUCUGUGUCUUACAGUCAUGAGUUGUAUUUCUUGGUAGCCAAACUUCCUCAAGACAAUCAUGGCUUUGUGUUCUGUGGCCUCUGCUUGUGCCAUGUCAUCAGCUGCUGCUGCCAAAAUCAGCACAGUCACAGUGAUAGGGAGCGGACUCAUGGGUGCUGGAGUUGCACAGGUGGCAGCCCAGGCUGGGCAGAAGGUGCACCUUGUUGACGUGGAUGCUGCUGCAGUGCAGGCUGCCCAGCAACGCAUCAAGCAGUCACUGCAGCGAGUAGCCAAGAAGAAAUUUGAGGGAGAUGCUGGCAAGACAUCAGAGUUUGUUGACAAGACACUGGCGCUGCUGCACUGCUCCACAGACUCAGCGGCUGCUGUGGCAGAGAGCGACCUUGUACUUGAAGCUAUUGUGGAGAACAUCAAACUCAAGCAGGAGCUCUUUGCCAAGCUGGAUAAGGUUCUAUGGGAAGGAGAUGCUGGCAAGAUCUCAGAGUUUGUCGACAAGACACUGGCGCUGCUGCACUGCUCCACGGACUCAGCGGCCGCUGUGGCAGAGAGCGACCUUGUACUUGAAGCUAUUGUGGAGAACAUCAAAAUCAAGCAGGAGCUCUUUGCCAAGCUGGAUAAGCUGGCUCCACCACACACAAUAUUUGCCUCCAACACCUCCUCGCUUUUCUUAUCUCAAGCCUGGGCCUAUUUCUUCAGUGCCGACACUUCCAUUCUAUUCUAUCCCAUGCUUGUGUUGCAGAUCAUCAGGCUGCCGGAGACGUCGGAGGAGACGUACCAGCAGGUGCAGGCCUGGGGCGCCAGCAUCGGCAAGGUGACGGUGCAGUGCAAGGACACGCCAGGCUUCAUCGUCAACAGGCUCCUGAUUCCGUACGUGGGGGAGGCUGUUCGUAUGCUGGAGCGGGGCGACGCCUCUGCCAAGGACAUUGACACGGCCAUGAAGCUGGGGGCUGGCUACCCCAUGGGGCCUCUGGAGCUUGCCGACUACGUAGGGCUUGACACGUCCUACUUCAUCAGGCAGGGCUGGGCGGAGGCGUUCCCCGACAACCCCCUGUUCGCCAAGAUCCCCCUGCUGGAGAAGCUCUACAAGGAGGGCAAGUACGGCAUUAAGAGUGGCGAAGGCUUCUACAAGUACAGCAAAUAAGGCAUUCCUUGCGCGACUUCUUCCCUCCGGCAAUAGACUGGCCAAUGCCAUACGUACCUUAAUGCCUUCAUAAGUUUAGAACUGAUUGUUACAUAGUCAUGGGAAUUGAUCGUCCUAAGCAUCAAAGUCAUAUCAUCCAGUCAACUUCAAUGCCGCGCCAGGUUCAUAAAUAUAUUUCUCACGAUAUUUUUCGGGCAUGACUUGAUACUAUCAGCGAAACUUAAUUAUGAGAUGAUAAGAUCUUUGAGAUUUUCCGAGCAGUUUUUGAGACGUUUUGGCAGCUGUUUUUAUAUACCGCCAUGUGCACCUAUUAUUGUCACACAGGUUUGUUGUUUACAUACAUACAAUGGAAUGUGGGUUAGCAAGUUAAGCAACGCCUUCAACGUGAUAAUCGUGUCAUGCUAAUAUCUUUUCUAUAUAUUCUCAUCCUAUCACCUAUUACAGUAUUGUUUUCGAUUGUAAUAUAUAUUUUUAUAGGAUUUCAAAUUUUAGUGAUCAGAAUCCUAUUGUGAAAUCCCCAUGCCCGAAUGUCGGUGCAGUAAUGAGGACAAGAAGUUGCUAUUUUGUGGGUAAUUUGUUAGAAAUUUUUCAUAAUAAAUUCUUUCCUGUUCAA